CACUCUCACUCACACAAUGUGAUAGACGGUGGUUGUUCAGUCUGUGGCAGUCGGUGGUCACACUCCGGAUGUUGUGCGUGCCGGUCUGUGUGUUUGUUAGACUAUACAAGGUGACACAGUGUGCAUGGAGAUGAGAGGGAGUGCUGGAGUAGGAAUUCAGGGCACACACAGGAGGAUGGUGUCAGCCUGGGACAGUCUCUGCUGUCCCGCAUCCCAAUGCCCCGGGCUUAGCUUGUCUGCAUUAGGCUGCUGCCGUUGGCAUUUUUUUUUGGCACAGUGUUUCUUUAGUCAUCACAGGAGCGUGAAUGGGUGAGCCCAAGGCGAGGCCUCUACUACACCCACAGUGAAGAGCCAGGGAAUGUGUUUUCUACAUUUUAUACCCUUAUGGACAUUUUUGUAGAAAUGAAUAUUAUGAAAAGUUGUUUAAUGAAAGAGGACGAAUGAAUCUGAUACCAGGUCUGUCCAGCUUUUCCAACAUGUUUGGAAAGAAGAAGAAAAGGCUGGAAAUCUCGGCCCCCUCGAACUUUGAGCACCGCGUGCACACAGGGUUUGACCCCCGUGAGCAGAAGUUCACCGGGCUGCCUCAGCAAUGGCAGAGUCUCCUGGCAGACACGGCCAACCGGCCCAAACCCAUGGUAGACCCGUCCUACAUCACACCCAUUCAGCUGGCCCCGAUGAAGACAUCUCCCAAGAAUGUCCGGUCAUCUGAAUCACCGUUGCGAAAAACCAUUGUUCGGGGCAGCAAGCCACCCAAGGAUGCUUCCAUCAACGGACUACUUGAAGAGUUUGACAACAUAUCAGUGACACGUUCCAACUCUCUGCGCAAAGAGAGCCCACCAGGAGCCCACCAGGCCAGUUCAGUCAAGCAGCUGUCCAUAGCCUCGGCUAACGCCAGCAGCAGUGGACCGGAGGAGAACGGCUUCAGCCACUACUUUGCCCGAUACUCCUGCGAUCUGGACAGCAGCAGGGACUUCCCACUGGAGCGGGACAAAGGUGCAUAUGACGGAGAGUGGGCAGUGGGGCGCCACUACCGCUUUUCCUUCAAACAGAACGGCCACUCCAUUCGCAGCCCUUUCUACCCGGAUGCCAUGCCUCAGAAGUCUUCAGAGUAUGCCAAGAUGCCACCAGACUACCAUGCCUACUUAGAGAGCAAGGUGCGUCUGUCUGCGGAUGAGAUGGCUGCAGGUAGCAGUAGGAACUAUUACAGGGCCUCUCUGGGUGGAUCCAGUCAGGAUUACCGCGAGCAGCCAUUAGGGACGCCAUCACGGGCCUCCCUACACAGCGAGCAGAUCAACUACCCGGAUGGUGACUGGGGUGGAGGAAUCUAUACUGCAACACUGAGGGAUGACUACGAAAAGAGGCCAAAGUCAUCAUACAUUUGUCAGACAAGUCCCCAGCCAGCCAUUCGGCAGCGCUCCAGAUCAGGCUCUGGCUUACAGGAGCCCAGUCUGCCCUACGGCAUCAGUGCCUUCAAGGCUGCACCACACGGGCCCUACAGCUCCUACACUUAUCCUCGUCUUUCUGAAAACACCUCUGCCUCCCAGAUCAUUGGCAAGGGUGAAUAUGACAGAAUGUCACGGGACGGGAGCCCGCAGGUGCCAGGAGCUGAGACGUACCCGCGUGGCCCCUUCAAACUACCUCAGAGCCAUGUCAAGAUGGGCUACCCACCCAGCUUUCAGUACCCACCACCUUUCCACUACAAGCCAUCACCAUACCACCACCCUCCAUCUCAGCCUAGUCCUCCAUACACCCCUCAGGGGGCUCACUCCCAGCCCUCCUCACCCUACAUCCCCCCUGGAUACUGGGGCUCAGCCUGCGAGCCUCCACCACCCUCACGUGUCUCUCAUGAGCAGUUCCGUGCUGCACUGCAGCUCGUAGUGAACCCAGGUGACCCACGUGAAUACCUGGACAACUUCCUGAAGAUUGGCGAGGGCUCCACGGGCAUUGUGUGCAUCGCCACAGAGAAGCACAGCGGCAAGCAGGUGGCUGUCAAAAAGAUGGACCUGAGAAAACAACAGCGACGCGAGCUGCUCUUUAAUGAGGUGGUGAUUAUGAGGGACUACCAUCAUGAAAACGUGGUGGACAUGUAUAACAGCUACCUGGUUGGAGACGAGCUCUGGGUGGUGAUGGAGUUCCUGGAAGGCGGGGCUUUAACAGAUAUCGUCACACACACAAGGAUGAAUGAGGAGCAGAUUGCCACAGUGUGUCUGUCAGUGUUGAAAGCCCUCUCCUAUCUCCACACGCAGGGUGUCAUCCACAGAGACAUCAAGAGUGACUCCAUCCUCCUCACUAGUGAUGGCAGGAUAAAGCUUUCUGACUUUGGCUUUUGUGCUCAAGUCUCAAAAGAUGUGCCUAAGAGAAAGUCCCUUGUUGGAACACCAUACUGGAUGGCACCCGAGGUCAUCUCCAGGCUGCCAUAUGGCACUGAGGUUGAUAUUUGGUCUCUGGGGAUCAUGGUGAUUGAGAUGGUGGAUGGGGAACCACCGUAUUUCAAUGAACCUCCGCUGCAGGCCAUGAGGAGAAUCCGAGACAACCUUCCUCCUCGGCUAAAGGAAUCGCACAAGGUGUCAUCGGUGCUUAGAGCAUUUUUGGACCUGAUGCUGGUGAGGGAACCUUCACAGCGGGCCACGGCAAAGGAGCUCCUGCAGCACCCGUUCCUCAAGCUCUCAGGCCCUCCCUCGUGCAUCGUUCCUCUGAUGAGGCACUACCGCCAUCGCUGACCAACACAUGCAGUACACUACUACUUACCCAGUCAUAUGUAACCUGUGGAAAAAAACCCACACUGACUCUUGUAACCGUACGUAGAUUAGAUAACACGAACAAUAAAGCUAUCUAUUAAUACAAAAAUAAAUAAACGAAACACCACACUGCAGCGAAUUUCAUGGCCAUUAGUAGUGCCGCUGGUUUCAGUGGUGGUGUCUGGAUCUUUAUUAGACAGCUAGUGACCAGUGUGUGGGAGUGAUGUGUGUGCUGUGUGUCCUGACUCCCUGGUGAGAAUUGUACUGUAGUAGCUGCAGUCUUGAGUUCAGGCAGCGGGAAGCAGCAGGAAACCUGAUAAGCCGAGCGACUGAUGAGCGACAGCCGAUCGACGGCCUCUGGUCCUGAACGCAAAAGCACUAAUGAUGGUUUUUCGGAAGAUAAGAGGAGCUAUACGCCAGAUUUAAAUGUCUGUAGAGAACAUAUAGGGCUGUUACACUACAGAAGGACGAGCAUCUCCUUUUUCACAUCUCUUCACACUAACAAUGAAAGUGUAUUUUAGAGGACUUGUAAGAUUUCUCUGUACAGUUUUGAUAAUCUUCAGUAUUUUGUGGUGAUGUAACCAUUGUGAUAUGGGCAGUAUUGAAUAGAAUUAAAGAGUUUCUGCAAAAGA